UACCCUCAACAAUUAUCUUAUAUGGCAAGCCAUUCGUUCCUUAACGUCAUGCCUUUCAAAACCAUUUCGCGACGCCUACAAAGUUGUACGUAAGUCUUUGAUGGGUUCGGAUGGCGGAGAGGAAGUUUGGAGAUAUUGUAUUGCUGACACAAACAAUGUAAUUGGUUUUGCAGUUGGAGCAAUAUUUGUUCGACAAGCUUUCGACGGCGAGUCAAAGCCAGCAGCUCAGUCCAUGAUCAAUGAAAUACGAGAUGCGUUUAUGAAAAAUAUAAAAAACGUGACAUGGAUGGACGCGGAAACUCAAAAUCGAGCAAUUGAAAAAGCCAAUGCUAUAUCAGACAUGAUCGGUUUUCCUGAUUAUAUAUUGAAUAAUAAGGAGUUAGAUGAAAAAUAUGCCUUUCUUAAUAUUACACCAAAUGCCUACUUUGACAAUAACAUACAAAUUUCAAUUUAUAAUUUAAAAAGUAAUUUAGAAAAACUAUAUCUUAAAGUAAAUAAAAGCCAAUGGGGUAUGACACCUCAAAUGGUUAAUGCUUAUUACACACCAACAAAAAACCAAAUCGUUUUUCCCGCUGGAAUAUUACAAUCACCUUUUUAUGAUAUCAAUAAUCCAAACAGUUUAAACUUUGGUGCUAUGGGUGUUGUAAUGGGUCACGAAUUAACACACGCAUUCGAUGAUCAAGGUAGAGAAUACGACAAAUUUGGAAAUAUUAAUAGCUGGUGGAAUAAAAACAGUAUUGAGCGAUUUAAUAAAAAAGUUGAAUGUUUUGAAAAACAAUACAGUUCCUACAAAGUAAAUGAACGACAACUAAAUGGAAAGCAAACCUUAGGUGAAAAUAUUGCCGACAAUGGUGGAUUAAAAGCUGCAUACCAUGCUUUUUUAAAAACUAAAGCGAAUAAGAAAGCUGACACACUAAAGUUACCAGGUUUAAAUUUAACUCACGAGCAGCUUUUUUUUAUUUCGUUUGCACGAGUUUGGUGCUCCAGUACCACUGAUGAAACAAGUUUACUACAAAUGGAAAAGGAUGCCCACUCCCCAUCUAAAUACAGAGUAAUUGGCACACUUUCAAACAUGGCAGAAUUUUCCAAAGUAUUUAAUUGUAGUUCAGAAAGUAAAAUGAAUUCUUCGAAUAAAUGUGAAGUGUGGUAAUUGAGUUAUAUAAAUUCGUAUAACUAAAAUUAUGUAAGUUAUAUGGAAAUGUAUUUCACCAACGUAAAAAUGUAUUUAUUUCAGAAUGCUUGAUUACCAAGUUUAUAUACUUAAUUGUUUUAUAUAUACAAAUAUGAAAUACAGUAAUGAAAUAGACUUAAA